AUGGGAGCCGAGAGAGCCGGCCGGCGGCCGAGUUUACGGUGGAUGUCAACAUGUUAUGAGAGGUCUCGGUCGGAAAUGCCUCCCGAGCGGCGCAGCCACGUCACUGCGGCGCGCCGGAAACAGCUGGGGGUGACGCGGAGGAAAACGGACGGAGAUCCGGUCAGCGCUGCAGCUCGAGGCCGGUCCUUUAUCGAUACUUCCCACCCGCCGACAUGCUGCCGCUGUUGCUGUGCGCACUCGUCCUGGGCUGUCACCCACUCCCUGCGCUACUUCUACACCGGGGUCACUGGGGUCAGGGGGUUCCCCGAGUUCACCAUCGUGGGCCUGGUGGACGGGCAGGAGUUUGUCCACUACGACAGCGACAUCAAGAGGAUGAUUCCCAAGACGGAGUGGAUAGAGAGGAACGAGGGGAAGGACUACUGGGACAGACAGACUCAGAUACUGAUUGGUGCAUCACAGGUUUUCAAAACAGAUUUAGUUAACCUGCCACAGCGUUUCAACCAGUCUGCAGGCGUCCACACUUCACAAAGCAUGUACGGCUGUGAGUGGGAUGAUGAGGACGGGACAACACGGGGGUUUCAACAGGAAGGGUACGAUGGAGAGGAUUACCUUGUGUUCGACCUGAAGACACUGACCUGGGUGGCACCAACGCAGAGGGCCUUCCUGACCAAACAGAACUGGGACGCUGACAGAGCUUUCAAUGAGGGAAAAAAAAACUACCUGACCCAGAUCUGUAUCGAGUGGCUGAAGAAGUAUGUGAACUACGGCAGAGAGACUCUGAACAGGAGAGAGCGCCCCCAGGUGUCUGUCUUCCACAAGGACUCUGGAUCUGGCAGUACUGAGCUCACCUGCCUGGCCACGGGCUUCUUCCCCAGAGACAUCCUGGUGUCCUGGUGGAGAGACGGACAGGAGCUGCACGAGGAUGUGGACAGUGGGGAGGUGGUUCCCAACGGAGACGGGAGCUUCCAGGUCAGGAAGAGGCUGAGAGUGAGAGCAGGAGAGGAGCACAAGUACUCCUGCAGAGUGGAUCACACCAGCCUGGAGAAGACUAUCGUCCAGCACUGGGAGCCCCCCAGUCUGGUGCCGAUCAUCGCCGCUGUCUGUGCUGUUGUGGCCCUGGCUGUGAUCGCUGUUGUGGCUGUGGUCCUGGUGCGCAGGAGGAAGAGCUCAGGUGAGGGGAACAGGAGUCAGCACUGUCACUGUGUGUGA